AUGGCUACAUGUGAUAAUCUCUUGAAACGAAAGGUGGCUAUUCAACAACAGGGGGCUCUCUGCGUUUUCUAUAAGUCGACGAUUGAGACGGUUGAUCAUAUUUUCUUUGGCUGUCAAAAGACCUUGGAGCUGUGGAAUGCGACGCUCUCAUGGAUUGGCAAACAAAUGGCGAUGCAUUGCAAGGUGAUUGACCAUUUUAAUGCUUUUAUUAACCUUGGAAACAAGAAAGAUAAACGGUUUUUGAUCGGUGUUUGGUCGGGACUGUUUUGGUGUAUUUGGAAGUUGAGAAACGAACGCAAAUUUCAGCAUGGAGUCUGGAAUUCUAAAAGAACUGAAGCGGAACUUAAAUCGAGAUUGUGGAGCUGGAUGACGAUGUACAACGUGCAGAAAGUAACUGAGGACUUCAGGAGAUGGUUCGAAGCUGCGCUGUGA